UAGUAGUGUAGUACGGUGCAAGUCAUUUAACACGAUCUUAGCCUCAAUUUUAUCAAAAUUAACCACUUAAACCCUCUCACAAAUCACAAGUUCUCCCAAGUCCCAACCAUGCAUCUUGUUACUCCGCCGCCUGAUUUUCCAUUCCAUCCUUAAACAACCGAGUUUACGAAAACGAUGGGGUUCUCCGAAGCCACCUCGCGGCUCUCCGUUUCAUCCGGCUCGGUUCUCGCCGCCGCAACCUCUCUGGCCGCCUCCGCCAUCUUCCUCCGUACCAUAGCCACCGACCUCGUCCCGGACGCCCUCCGCUCCCACAUCUCCACGCGCCUCCAAAACCUCUUCAAUCGGUUCUCCUCAAAACUCACCGUCGUCAUCGAAGAGUCCGACGGCCUGACUUCAAACCAGAUGUUCGAGGCCGCCACCAUUUUCUUGGGCACCAAGGUUUCCCCUGCAACGCGGAGAAUCAAAGUGGUCAAACCCGAGAAGGACGAGGAAUUGAUCGUCACCGUCGAUCGCCACCAGGAGAUCGUCGAUUACCACGACGGCGUGAAGCUGGAGUGGGUACUCAAAUCCGCGGCCGUCAAAGUCACCGGAAAGGGGGAUUCCGGUGCCGCCAAAACAGAGCAUAGGUAUUUGGAGCUAAGCUUCUGCAAGAAGCACAAAGACACAGUCUUGAAGGUAUACUUACCCUACAUUCUCAAUAGGUCGAAGGAGAUCAAGGAGCAGAUGCGUUCCGUGAGGCUGCACACAGUGGAUUACAGCGGGACGGAUUACUGGAGCUCCGUCGCGCUGAACCACCCGGCUACAUUCAAUACAAUGGCGAUGCCGGAGGAGGCGAAGAAGGAGAUAGUGGAGGAUCUGGAUAGGUUUAUAAGCAGAAGGGAUUAUUACAGGAGAGUGGGGAAGGCUUGGAAGAGAGGGUACUUACUGUAUGGACCUCCCGGGACCGGGAAGUCGAGCUUGGUGGCGGCCAUGGCCAAUUACCUCAAGUUUGAUGUGUACGACCUGGAUUUAAGGGAGGUUCAGUGCAAUUCGGAUUUGAGAAGGUUGCUGAUCGGUUCUGCUAACCGUUCUAUCCUUGUGAUUGAAGACAUUGACUGCAAUGUAGGGUUGCAGAAUCGAGAAUCAGAAAAUCAAGUUCCUGAGGAUGACAAGAUAACACUCUCCGGGCUGCUAAACUUCAUAGAUGGAUUGUGGUCAAGCUGCGGGGACGAGAGGAUCGUAGUGUUCACCACCAACCACAAGGAUCGUCUUGACCCUGCAUUGCUCCGCCCGGGUCGUAUGGACAUUCACAUCCACAUGUCCUAUUGCACCUUCACUGGUUUCACCACCCUCGCCUCUAAUUACCUCAAGAUAGACCAGCACCAUGAUCUGUACCCGAAGAUUGAGCAACUGCUUUUGAACGUUGAAGCUACGCCGGCUGAAAUCGCUGGUGAGCUUAUGAAGAGUGAUGAUCCAGACACUGCAUUAGGCAACCUCAUCAUCUACCUUCAAAACAAGGAAUCAUCGUCCUGAAUGCAGCCUUCUUUGAAUUAGUACUGUUUAACUCGUUACAUCCUUUUUCCUCUUUGCACAUUAAUCAUUAGCUUUUCUACAGAAAAUUAGUAGUUUUUUAUGAGGGGGAUAACUUAGUCGUUUAUUUUAUUAUUUUGUUAGAUGGGCAAUCCUGGGCAAUAAUUUAUGAACAAUGUAUUUAAUUUAUUGGUAGUUAUUUAAGAUAUAAUGGAGUCUACAAUAUGAGGCACAUAUUAUUGAGAGCUUGUUUGGAC